UCUAAAACACAAAUUCUCACCUCAAAUAAAUCAAAAUGUCGAAACUCGUUGAAGACGUCAAGUCAGGCCUAAAAGGCAUCCGUGGAGCCGGCGACGCUCUACGAGGCGAAGUCCUCGACGCAACAGAUCAAGCCUUCGACACCAACCCGCAACACCCCGAGACUCUCAAAGACCGCGUCGACAACAGAACCAUUGCUGAGAAGGGAAAGCAAGAGAUGCACGGCGCUGAUAACAUGAUUGCUCGUCGCGAAUGGGAGCACAAGGGCGUUGAGCCACCUGCGCAUGUUGGACGAAGAGAGAAUGAGAAGCCAUUGGCGACGCAGACAGAACCUCUUUCCAGAACGGCGGCACAUGAUAGACCUAAUGAGGGGUUGAGCAGGGAGCCAGAGAUGGGGCAUUUCGGGAGUAGAGGAACGGAGGGCGGUGUCGUGAGGGACCCUGAUGCGAAUCUGCCUAGGUAUGCUUAAGCCUGAGAUGUAAAGGCCGUCUAGCAUUUCGCCACUACGCUCCUUGGUUAAUGAUACCCGUUCAGAGAGGCAUGAGGACUGUUAGUUCGUAAGGUAGCUCGCAUCAUCUCACGAUACUGAGUUGAGUGGGACUCCUUUGACUGCGUUGGAUUGAUAUAUCUCAUUAAGAUAUCAUAAGUUUUAAGUAUCAAUGGAUCGGCCAGGUUAGUUAAAGGAACAAUCACAAGGAUUUUGUAUCAGAUAGUU